UUCAAAUUGAAAAACGGCCUGUCCAGAAAUCUUCCUUUUUCACGUUGGCCUUUGGAAGAAACACAAGUGAAAUACUUUGAACAAUCUAAGAAAUGUAUUCCCUUAAUGGUUGCCCUGAAAAAGAUGCAUUGCAAAUAAAUAUGGAAAUUAUUUCGAAGGAGUUAAAUGAUUUGGUGGUUACGCAUGAGAAAGAUUGCGGCACAGUGGUUGCGGAAAAUAUGCAGCACUCAGGAUACCAGAAUGUUAUUUGCAGUAUUCCUCCCAAAUUUGCUGGGACGCAAUGUGUUAACAAUAGCCAACAAAUUCCAUAUAUGUUUGCCACUCAGUAUCAUCUAAAUGCUAAUUCGCUUGGAGAUACCUAUAUGAAUCAUUGUUCUACAUCAUAUGAGUCACAUCCACUUCCACAGGGAAAUGCAAACAACAUUACUGCAUCAAAUGCCCCAUGUUUCUCUACUUCUGGUUAUUCUGGACCAGCACUUAAUAGUGCUUAUACAACACCUGUUGGUUAUGCUCCUAUGCAGCCUUAUCGGAGACAGCAAAUGAAUGCUGACAAAAUCAACUCUCCUCCCCUAUUAUCUAUAGCCGCUACAGACAAUCUUAAUGGCCCGCACAGUGCAUCUGGAGGUUCAUAUAAAAAGUUCGUUAAACCAAAUACCAGAUUCAACAUGAUGUCAAAAAAUCAUGAUUAUGAUUAUAAAAACAUUGUUGUGGAUCUCUCGGCAUUGGGUAUUAGAAAGGAUGGAAAAGAGCCAAAUUUGGUGCUGCGUCUGUUUGGCCUCUUUCGUGACUUGCACAUUGCCAUUGGCGAACAACCACCAAUAAUCGAACCCCCUACAUCAAAUGAAAGUGUUUAUGUGCCAACAUUUGCCCCAUUACCCAAAAUUGUUUUACCUUGCACCAUGAGUGUCCAGUGUCAGGUGAAAUAUGCCACAACCCAGGUAGCUACUUUUCUGUGUGCCAUGAAACGUUUGAUGGCUGUGAAUAUCGUUUACGAUCAUAAUUUGAAUGCCGAAUGUGAAUUGUAUAUAAUUAAGCUGCGUCAAAUGUUGGCCCAGUUUGAAAUGUACAAAUUCGUUGAAUUGAAACACAAACGUGGACAGUUCAUCAAUGAGAGUGUAAGAGUGCAUGCUGAACAUUUGGAAAAAAUCAUGGAGCAAAUGAACCAUCAAAUACGUGAAGUAAAUCUACGCGUUAUUGCAGCCGAUUGGUUUAUUGCCAAGAAAUAUGGACGUACCAUGGGAGUUACUCCCAAAGCUGCAACAAAACCUGCUGAUCUGCCUUAUACAACUGAUAAUGGGGUCAUUAAUGAAAUAUUACAAUUCUGUGCCCCAACCGCCAAUGCCAAAGAAACAGGUGACGGUUUAGAUAAAACAGCAAACGGUGUGACCCAAAUAAACUCGGCUAAUGCAGAGUUGCCCAGAGCAGCUGCCGUAGACAAGCAUGCUGCUACUACUGCUGUUGGUGCCACAUGUUUAACUAAAUUUAAUGGCCAUCCAGCCCAUAAUCGCCAACCGGUUUUUUAUAUUGGUUAAAGGCCAUCAAUCAAUCUGUGAUGAUUGCGUGAAAAAAUGCUUUAUUACACAAAUUUAUAUAUAUUAAUUUUUAAUUAUUUUCAAAAACAAAAUAUUAGCUUGUAGUUUUGUUUUAUAUACCUAUUUUAAGUAUUUUCUUUUGAAAUAUUAGUUUGUAGUUCCAUUCCAUUUUUAGAUUUUUUUUCUGUAAGACAAUACAAAGGGGAAUACAAAGGUAACACCAUUCCAAAUUAGUUUUUAAAAUUGUCGAAUUUCUCAAUUAAAAUUUUAAAAAUUACAUUUGGAACUGCGUUUUUCCUUUGCAUUCACUUUGGUAUUGUCAUACA